ACAGAUGCGGUACAUUGCCAGAUCGAGGCGAUGAAACUGGCUUACGCCGAUCUAUUCCGUUAUGUCUCGGAUCCGGCGACGAUGGAAGUUGAGGUUUCCGAAUUACUCAACUCCGAAUACUUGCGCGGGCGCGCCAAACUCAUCGACAUGAAAAAAGCUGGCAGCCCGGUUUUUGGCGUACCGAAAAAAAGUGGCACCGUUUACCUCACCGCCGCCGACGAAUCCGGCAUGAUGGUGUCCUAUAUCCAGAGCAACUAUCACGGCUUCGGUUCGGGCAUUGUUAUCCCCGAAACCGGCAUCAGCCUGCAAAAUCGAG